UGGCAGCUCGGGGRCUCCGCCACCGGGCUCCCCGCGCUUUGUCCCGGCGCUCAUCGGCCCCCGCAGCCCCUGGCCGGCUCCCGGCACCGUUGCUCCCCCGGCAGCCCCGGGCUGGCGGCGGCAGUGUCAGCCCGCAGGUGGGCUGGCGCUGGCCGAGUGUCGCCGCCGCGUUCGGCUGCUGUGUUCGUAAAUGGCAACGGGCUGUCUGUCUGUGUGAGAGCUGUGAGACUGAUUCGAACUUUUUUUAGUAUUUCUCCUGACUGUGGCCUUUUCUGAGUCUUGCAUACUUACCUCUUCUGUGUGUGUGGRAAAAAACCCAGCUGUUGAAGAAUUUAAAUCAAGUCUUUUCUUAAUGUGAGAAUGAAAUGGGGAAGUUAUAGAGCUUUGAGAAUAACUCAGUUUGGUUGUCUCAUUUGCUGCCGGAAGUAAGACUGAAUCUCAAGGAUUCAUGUAAAGAAAAGUAAUACCUAAAAUCAUGUCAUCUGAACAGGAACAAUUUUUUUGUCAUAAAAGGCAAAUCAGUUUCUUAAAACACAAUGCUAUGAAGAAUUUUCCUACAGAUAUUACUUUGAAAAAAGAACUGGUGAGUGAGCCCUUAAGUAUGACGAUUCAGCCAGCAAUUUUAGAUGUCAAUCUCGCUUAUGGACUAAAAACCGUGAAAAUUGAAUUGCCCAAAGUGAACAUUCCAGAUGAAGUAUUAAUGAAACAUGAAGUUGAUAAGUUUAGGAAACUCUUUCAGUGUAAGCAGCAAACUGCAAGGAAGUCCUUAAGUCCAGAGAAAAUAAGUGGAAGCAAUCCCAAUUGUUUUGAGAGAAACCACUUGCAAAUUAAACCAGAAGUGCAAUUUGAAGAGGGGUUGAAAACUGCAGCAAAGGUACUGAAUUUCACUUGUACAAAGUGCAAGGAUAACAUUAGAUACAGCCCAAAUGAUCUGCAGAAACAUUUUCAGCUGUUACACUAUGGUGAGUUGCCUUUGUAUCCUUGUGAGAUGUGCAGCUUCUCAGCGAAUGACUUUCAGUCGCUUAAACAGCACAGACGCAUCCAUCGUAGCACUUUAGUAAAAUGUGAGCUCUGUAAUGAUGAACAGAUAUACACUUUGUUGGCUUUGACAAAACACUUCAUAUCAAAGCAUUGUGUAAAUGGACACUUCCAGUGUGAAAAAUGUGGGUUUUCUACCUAUGAUGUGGGUACGUUUGUUCAGCACAUUCACAAACAUAAAGAGAUUGCCUACAAAUGUGGAAAAUGCCAUCAAGAAAACUUUACAGAAGAGGAGCUCCAGAAUCAUCUCCUUGUUCAUAGUAGUAUGUUUUCUUUUGGUUGUCCUUAUUGCAGUUACAGUACAUCACGGAAAGAUUAUCUUUUAAAACACAUAAUAGCUUUACACAGAGACCACUUAAUUGCAAAAGAAAAACUGGAAAAGGAUAAAUAUGAAAAAAGAAUAGUAAAGACUCCAGCAGGACUGAAGCUUGUGUUAAGAAGGUAUAAAAUGGGAUCAUCAAAAAAAGCCCUCUGGAGAAGAAAGAAAAUAAGCCGUGGAAGUGACAAUGCUGGAGAAGAAAGUACGCAAGUGCUAAGAAGUGUAAACAAAAUUCAGACAAAGGCUGAGGAGCUGAACCAAUGUAUGAGAGAUGUGGAAACAAAUGAAGAGAAAGAUCAAAUUAAAUACACAGAAAAGCAUAAUUUCAUGGGUGGAAUGCUCUCUGCCACUACGGCACAGUACAAUAAGAGAGACGAUGGAACAAGUGGUGGCCUGGGAUUAUUGAAAAAUGCUGUUCAUGGGCCGACGGUAUUGAUGGUCAAAAACAAUAAAAUAUCUGUUCCAGCAAAUUACAGUGCUAAAUUUAUGGGCUUUAAAAUGGUAGAUGGAAAACAACAUAUUGUUAUAAAGUUAUUACCUACAACUCCUUUGCUACAGCCUAAUGAUUCUUGUGGCUUGUCUUCAGGUGCUAUACCACAUGUUACUGAUCAGUCAACCUUAAAGAACAAUUGUGUUCAUCCAUUAACAUCCUCUCCGUUUUCUUGUCCUGCUCCUCAUUCAGGAAAAACAAAAGUGAAAAAACAAGAGAAUUCCAUGUUGUUUGGUAGGAGUGUUCGUGAAACUGUAGCACCUUCUAAUAUAGCUGUAGCAAAAAGUUCAAAUUAUUUGCCAAUGAAGCUGGACUCAACUGUCCCUCCACAUGAAGAGGUAACAAAAAUUGGAACUCAAAAUAUCUCGUGGGGAAGCUUUAGUCCUUCAGGUCAUCCUCAGGUAUUACCAGCCGCUAUUACAAAUACCCUUUAUUAUGACCCGAUGAAAAYGCCCUUCUAUCCUGAACUGAAAAUGCAAAAUGGUGGCCUGAAUAAUAGUAAUGGAACUAAUAAUCUCUAUUAUUCAACUUUGGUAGAUUCAUCUAAUGAAGGGUUGUUGUCUUUUCACAACUAUUCCAAAAUGGACUCUUUGGAUAAUCCAUGUAGCAUUUGGAUGUCAACUGAUGACAGAUAUAAAGAAUUUAGCAAAACAGUUUCUUUUCAAAAGAGUAGAAGUGAAUCUGCAUCUUCAUAUUCAGAGUUGGUGAAAGGUGCAAAAGCAGAGAAAGUUGUGUCAGCCCAAUCAAAUAUUAAUAAAACUUCUGAACACAUAAACACUAAGAAUAACUCUGUGUCUUUUAAAAGCCAAUCUAAAUGUGGUGUUGACAGCGAGUGUUUUAUGGAGGACAAGCAUAAUGGCCAGCAGUAUUUGGACACUAACAUAGAUCGUGGCUUUCAGAAUGUAGCUGAGAAAUUCCAGGAAAAUGCCUCUGAUUGUGUUAACUCCUUUUUAAUGCCUAAAAUCACAUCUGUUUUCUCAUUGCAAAGUGAACAGGCAGCUAAUUAUUUAUCGCCUGAGAUAAACCAGUUACUGCAAGAUGUGUUAAAAGUAAAAGCAACUUCUCAGCAAGACUCCCACAGCAAGAUGAAUAACUKUGUAAAACUUCAUUCUGGUAAUCUGCUUUCUGGUCCUGAGACUAGGAAUGCAGCCUGUGCGCGUUUAAAAAGCUCUGCAACUGCACGUGGUUUUCAGAGGCCUCCUUCCAAUGUAGACUUCCAUUUAUAUAAGAGAGAGUUGAACACAAGAUGUAGCACAAAUGAAGGUACACGUGGGAGAGAAAGACAGAAGCCCAAAACAUCACUUGAUUCACAGGAYGUGGACAAAUUAUCCAGAACUCCAGGUGUUGGUACACUGCUAAAAACUCACACAGAUGAGUUUACACAGCAAUUAGUAAAAGAUAAAGUACUGUCUGCAGCUCAAAAUCCUAGCAGCUUUUCUCCAGUUUUGCCUAUUCUUCAGGAACAGAAGAAGGCCCUUUUUGUUCGGUCCCUUCCAUCACGAUUUUUGGUUCCUUUCCACCUCUCUAACCAAUCUAGACAACCGGUGGUUUCAGGAAAAUCUCUUCCAUCAACCAGUUCAUCAGAUGGGCAUGUGACUAAAGGUGUACCUGCAUCUUUUGUUUCAAAUAAAGGACCUGGAAUGAUUUUGACUUUUAGUGGGGCAGUUGGAACAGUUGCAAAUGCCGCUAAUGAUAGUUCUCAGGUUUUAGGAGGAAUUGCAUCCAGAGAAUUGGGGAAAAUAACCAUAUCAGCUUCAGAAGUGAAGGGRAAAAAUGACUGUUUUGGAAAUGUAAGAAGUUCCUGUAAUAGGGAAGUAUGCAGUUUGGUAAAUGGCUCAUCRAACAGUGUGCCAUUCAAAGCACCUCCUGUAAUCACAAAGUCAUCAGAAUCAUCUGUGAAAGCAGCUUCUUCUGUGAAGGUGUUACCAGAGCACCAGGAUGCUCUCUUURGUUCUUUGGAGUCAGUAAAGCAACAGGGAAUCAAACAGGAACAAGAUGUUUAUGCACUUUCGCCUGAUGGACAGCAGGGAGUUUUUCUGAACUGUAUGACACCAAACAAGCCUGUAGUUCAUAAACCAAUUUUUUUUCAGGAUAAUGCUCAUCAAAAUUAUCAACCAAAGAAAACUGGAGCCAUGCAACAACAGCUUUUGCUGAAAAUUAAGACUCCUACACUGUCUGAUACCACUCAGUCAGUAAACAACUCGGUGCCCUCACUACAGGUGGAUAACUUGCAAUUCCUUACGCCUGCACUAGCACAGAAACAAACUAAUCUUAGUUUUAAUGAUGCCUUAAACUUACCAGGUGGGUUAAUACCAGCAAAUGCCUCUUUGGCAAGCUCUAAUCCAGCAUGUGGUGUUCCUCCUGUAGAACCUGUUUAUUCUGCUAAACCUGCAGGGACACAAUUGCAGAAAUGUUCUAUYGAGAGUACACAAGUAAUUGCUAACAAGAGAAAUAAAUUUGGUUGUCAGAAGUCCACAUGGAGCAACCACAACAGAACUGCAAAAGUAAAACCUASUUUAAAACAAGCUGGGUCUAAAAGUUCAGAAACUGGGGGUGUGCAAAGAAAGAAGAAUUUCAAACGUAAAAGGAAGGCUAAUUGCCCAGCACCUCCAAGAAAGAAAGUAAUCUUGCACAGAAAGUGUAAGGAAAAGAAUCAGGCUGAAAUMGUUAGUGAAUCAGGUAGCCCUUACAAACCAAGGGCAUCAAAAAAAACUGUGAGGACUUUGAAACUACUCCCUUUUAAUUCUACCCAGCUUGUAAAAUGCCCCCGGAGAAAUCAACCAGUUGUUGUGCUUAAUCAUCCUGAUGUAGAUGUUCCAGAAGUUGUAAAUUUAAUGAAAACCGUUACUAAAUUUAAGGGACAUGUUCUUAAGGUUUUGUUGUCAAAAAGAACUGUUGACGCUCUUUUGCAGCCAGACCUCUGCAAUCCUUUGGGUGUAACUACUGAUGAUUUUUCUCAGAAAAGGUACAGGACAAUAAAACCCAUUAGCCCUGUAAAAGAAAGAUUUGUCUUAAAAUUGACACUGAAAAAGACUAGCAAAAACAAUUACCAGAUUGUGAAAACUACCUCUGAUAAUACCUUGAAAGCUAAGUUUAGCUGCUGGUUUUGUGGUAGAAUAUUUGACAAUCAGGAUAAUUGGGUAGGACAUGGACARAGACAUCUGAUGGAGGCUACUCGAGAUUGGAAUUUGUUAAUGAAAUGAUGACCGGUGAAAAAAGUAAUUAUCAUUCAUUAAAGUUUAAAAACAAAUCACUUGAAUUUGGAUACACAAAUUGUUCUGUUUUGCAUGUCAGUAUUGUAACUGAAGUUGAAAAAUGGUGCAAAGUGCUUGUGUUUUAAAAGAGUAUAUUCCCUAUCACCAUCAGAUUUGAGAAAGAUCAAGGAACUUCGUGGUUUAAGUAACUUGUAACUAACUGCAAAUACAAUUCCAUAGAAAUAUAUAUUAUUUUUUAUUACUGCUAUCACGUACUAUAUUUUUAUUCUAUUGAAUGACUCUUCAGGGCUUUUGUUCUGUACAUACUUAAAAAUCCCUAAACAUGUAAAUAUUUUUAUACUUAUCAGUUACCUGGUAUAAUUCUUGCACAGAAAUUACACCCCUCUUCCCAAUUUUUCAGUUCUGUGCAUGCACUACUAAAACCAAUUUUUAAGAUCUUUUCAAAUACACACAGCUGUUAUCCUGGGAUUUUUGUUAUUUUCACUUAUUAGCUCUUGAUUUUUUUUUCAGGGAUUGAACACUAUUGUUAGCAAGUGCCUCAAAGAUGUGAAGCAGUUUACAUUAUGUCGACUGUGUAACCAUGGGUCCGCAUAGGGCCAUUCCCCCAACAGUUUCAUUUAAACAAAGCCAUAUGUGAAUGCUUUAAGCUAUAUUGCUAUGCACAUGACACUUGUACUAUUUCUGUGCAGUUUGUCUACUUUCUUAGUGAAGUAUUUUUCAUAUAAAUUAAUAAAACAUAUGAUGAUUGUGUUAAUACAGUGAGUCAGAAUGAAAUUGAUUGAAAAUAUACAGUAUAUAUAUUCAUAAUGUAUAUGGUGUUUAAGAAUGGUGAACAUUCCUAAUCUGUAUUGAUUUUGUCACUAUUAAAUUUGCUAUAACUUGUGUUUACAGAAAAUGACUUUGAGCUUUUAUAGAAAAUACUUCUGUCUUGCUAUGUCUGCCACACACUGUAUAGGAAGGUCAGGAUAUGGGGAAGAGCUGAGCACCAUUUCUGGCCUGUAACCACAUUAUMGUUCUAUUUCAGAUGGAUGUAAUUUGUCCCCAAAAUGACUCAAUGGUUUCUGCUAUUGCUUACUCUCAUGUACUGCCUUUUGGGGCACCAGGGGUUUGGCAAAACCGAGGCUUCAGUUAUUCUUUUACUUUACCAGCCAGUUGGGUACCAGCAGGUUCUUUGGAGCCUGCUUGCUUUCYACUUACAGUUUUAGAGAGAAUGAAGAGAGAAUAUGCUUCACCGUYUUUAAUGUUUAUAUGAGGGUAUGUAAACAAAAGAUCUCUUAAUCAUAGUGACUGAGGGUAUACAGAUGAAAGUCCUUAUUAUCCACAGUAGUUAUGUGUGGRGGCUUUGUCCUCCAAAUUCUUAAUGAAUCUGUAAGCUAGAAGUUUCAGGCGUAAGUGGGAUUGCCCUUACUCAAUGGCUGGCACCUUUUGCCCAAGUAUGGAGGUGUAAGUCAGGAUCCCGAAGUAUUGAUGCUAAAACUUGAAUAUCAG